CAUCAACGAAAAAUACCAGCCUCCGAUCUUUCAUCCUCCGCGCAGUACAAUUGUCCCGGUCGUGGCCUGCCCUCUCUCUGUACAUUCCUGCAGCACCUUCAGAUUCCUCGGUGUCGCGUGUUGCUGUCAAAAACACCGUCAAGAUGGCGCUCAAUCCACAGGUUACCAAUAUCAUCAUCAUACUCUUUAUGAUGCAGGCGUCGAAAAAGGUGCCGUUUGAGGAUCCAAACGUGCUCAACGCCGUCCGAGGACUUUACCUGCUGUCCAACGUCAUCAUUGCUGCCAUCUACUUCUACGUGCAGAUGCAGGUGAACAAAAAGAAGGACUUGACCGUCCUCAAAUACGUCGAGCCACCACCGAUGGGCUCCACUGAAGAAGCCAAGACCGUCACCACCACAAUCUACGCAUAUGAUAAGUCGCAGCUCAACCAGGCCUGGCGCGGCCAGCUCAUGGGUGUCGGCAUGAUGGCCGUUAUGCACCUGUACUUCAAGUACACCAACCCUCUGCUGAUCCAGAGCAUCAUUCCCGUCAAGAGCGCUCUCGAGAGCAACUUGGUCAAGAUCCACAUCUUUGGCAAGCCGGCCAGCGGUGAUUUGAAGAGGCCUUGGAAGGUGGCGAGCUUCAUGUCGCAAGGCGACGUCAAGACGGACAAGAAGAGCAUUGAGGCGGCCGAGAGGAGCGGCCGCGGUGGCGCCAAGGAGGAGUAGAUUCUCCGCCUUUGUACAUUACCCACUGGGUCAGGGUCUGGGGUUCUGGUGCCUGGAAAUGGGUUGGGGAAUGGACAUCGGAGAACAUGCACGGCCUUUGUCUGCUGCCGUCGGCAUGAUCGGAGCGCUGCAUGCUGUAUCUGUAGCAUACAACGGUAUUACUUGUAGUAUGCUAACUCCGUUCCGCCGAAGAAACAAAAUUUCUUUAGGAUUAUUCCUUGCGUUUCUUCAUCUUCUAUUCCGUCAUGAGUUGAUGUCUUGAUGGCUGUAGCAAUCUACAAGUACGAACUUGCACG